CCGCCUCCUGACCUCCCAGGCUAAGAAGGGGAAGCUGAGUGGGCCUAGGCCCGUGUGUAGCUGCCACUGCUUACACGCAGCUGACUGCUCCAGCUAGGAUGUGGCUCUUCCACACUCUGCUCUGCAUAGCUAGCCUGGCUUCCCUAGAAGCCUUCAAUUUGGAUGUGGCCCGGCCCUGGGUUACACCCGAGGGAGACACACCUUUUGUGCUGAGUUCCCUUCUGCACCGAGACCCCAGCACCAACCAGACAUGGCUCCUGGUCACCAGCCCCAGAACCAGUAGAACACCAGGGCCUCUGCAUCGAUGUUCUCUCAUCCAGGAUGAGAUCCUUUGCCAACCUGUAGAGCACAUCCCCAUCCCAAAGGGGAGGCACCGGGGAGUGACAGUUGUCCGGAACCACCACGGUGUUUUGAUAUGCAUUCAAGUACUGGCCCAGAGGCCCCACAGCCUCAGCUCAGAACUCACAGGCACCUGUAGCCUCCUGGCUCCUGACCUCCGUCCCCAGGCCCAGGCCAACUUCUUCGACCUUGAAAAUCUCCUGGAUCCAGAUGCACAUGUGGACGCUGGAGACUGCUACAGGAACAAAGAAGGGAGCAUGGGACAGAAUAAGAACACAGCCAGGUGGCGUCGGGCUCUGGAGAAGACAGAAGAGGAAGAGGAGGAGGAAGGAGAAGAAGAGGAUGCUGCUGGCACUGAGAUCGCCAUCAUCCUGGAUGGCUCAGGAAGCAUUGAUACUCAAGACUUCCAGAUAGCUAAAGAGUUCAUUUCCAACAUGAUGAAGAACUUCUAUGAGAAGUGUUUUGAGUGCAGCUUUGCCCUGGUGCAGUAUGGGGAAGUGAUCCAGACUGAAUUUGAUCUUCGGGACAGCCAGGAUGAGAUGGCCUCCCUUGCCAGAGUCCAGAACAUCACUCAAGUGGGAAAUGUCACCAAGACUGCCUCGGCCAUACAAUACGUCUUAGACAACAUCUUCACGCCAAGCCGCGGCUCCAGAAAAAAGGCUUCCAAGAUCAUGGUGGUGCUCACUGAUGGUGACAUAUUCCAGGACCCCCUCAACCUCACAGCUGUCAUCAACUCUCCCAAAAUGCAGGGUGUUGAGCGCUUUGCUAUUGGGGUGGGAAAUGCGUUUGAUAAAGUUGGGACUGACAGAGAACUGAAGCUGAUUGCCUCGGACCCUGAUGAGACCCAUGCUUUCAAGGUGACCAACUACACAGCGCUAAAUGGGCUGCUGAGCAAACUGCAGCACAACAUCAUCCGCACGGAAGGCACAGUUGGAGAGGCCCUUCACUACCAGCUGGCACAGAUUGGCUUCAGCGCCCAGAUCUUGGAUGAGGGAGAGGUGCUGCUCGGCGCCGUUGGGGCCUUUGACUGGUCUGGAGGCGUGCUGCUCUACAACACGCGCAGCCGCCGCGGCCGCUUCCUGAACCAGACGGCUGUCAAGGACGCGGAGGCUGUGCAGUACGGCUACCUGGGUUACUCAGUGGCAGUGCUGCACAAGGCCUGUGGCCUUUCCUACGUCGCAGGGGCUCCACGGCGCAAGCUUCGAGGGGCGGUGUUUGAGCUCCAGAAGGAGAGCAGAGAGGCCAGCUUCCUGCCAGUACUGGAGGGGGAGCAGAUGGGGUCCUAUUUUGGCUCUGAGCUGUGCCCUGUGGACAUCAACAUGGAUGGGACCACGGACCUCUUGCUGGUGGCUGCUCCAUUUUACCACGUUCAUAGAGAAGAAGGCAGAGUCUACGUGUACCGUUUGCAUGAGCAGGAUGGUUCCUUCUCCUUGGCACACACGCUGAGUGGGCAUCCUGGGUUCACUGAUGCCCGCUUUGGCUUUGCCAUGGCAACUGUGGGGGAUAUCAGUCAAGAUAAGUUCACAGAUGUGGCCAUCGGGGCUCCCCUGGAGGGUUUUGGGGCAGAUGAUGGUGCUGGCUUUGGCAGCGUGUACAUCUACAAUGGACGCUGGGAUGGCCUCUCUGCCAGCCCCUCUCAGCGCAUCAGAGCCUCAGCGGUGGCGCCUGGACUCCGGUACUUCGGCAUGUCCAUAGCUGGUGGCUUAGAUUUCAGUGGCGAUGGCCUUGCUGACAUCACCGUGGGCACCCUGGGCCGGGCAGCUGUGCUCCGUUCACGACCUGUGGUUCACCUGAAGGUGUCCAUGACCUUCAACCCCAGUGCACUGCCCAUUGGCUUCAACAGCACCGUGGAUGCACACCUGUGUUUUGAAAUCAGCUCUGCAAUAGCUGCUGAGUCAGGCCUCAGAGAGACAUCUCUCAACUUCACAUUGGACGUGGAUGUGGGGAAGCAGAGGAAAAGGCUGCAGUGUUCUGGCAGGAUCCCCUGUCUGAGCUACCUUAGAGAGUGGAGCAAUGGGUCCAGUCUCUGUGAGCAACUCCUGCUCACCCCCACAGAGGGAGAGCUCUGUGAAGAGGACUGCUUUUCCAAUAUCAGUGUCAGGAUCAGCUACCAACUCCAGACCCCUGAGGGAUGGAGGGAUCAUCCCUACCCCAUCCUGGACCACUAUGCUGAGCCUUCUGCCAUUUUCCAGCUGCCCUACGAGAAGGACUGCAAGAAUAAGCUGCUUUGUGUCGCUGAAUUAUACCUGGCUACCACCAUCUCUCAGCAGGAAUUAGUGGUGGGUCUCACAAAUGAGCUGACCAUGAACAUUAGCCUAACUAACUCUGGGGAAGAUUCCUACAUGACAAGCAUGACCUUGAAUUACCCCAGGAACCUACAGUUUAAGAAGAUACAAAAGUCUCCCUCUCCAAACAUUCAGUGUGAUGAUCCCAAGCCAGUUACUUCUAUCCUGGCCAUGAAGUGCAAGAUUGGUCACCCGGUACUCAAGAGGUCAUCUGCAAACGUUUCCAUAGUUUGGCAGCUAGAGAAGAAUGUCUUUCCAAACAGGAUCUCAGACAUCACUGUGACCAUCACCAAUUCCAAUGAAAGAAGGUCUUUAGUCAGAAAGACCCACAGCCUUCAAUUCAGACAUGUCUUCAAUGCAGUUCUUUCCAAACCAUCAGUAAUGUACAUCAACACAAGCCAGGGGCUUUCUGACAACAAAGAAUUCCUCUUCAGUAUACAAGGGGAAAAUCUCUUUAGAGCUGAAUUCCAGUUGCAAAUUUGUGUCCCAAUCACAUUACAAGGUCUCCAGAUUAUAAGAGUGAAGAACUUGACGAAGACACAGGCCUACACCGUGUGUACUCGGAGUCAGGAGCGCGCUUGUGGGAACAGUUCGGUUCAGCGUGUGGAAGAGUGGUAUUCAGUGAGCUGUGCCAUCGCUUCAGAUAAGGAGAAUGUAACCGUGGCUGCGGAGAUCGGGAGCCACUCUAAGCAGUUACCAAAAGAUAUAACCGAACUGCAGAUCCUUGCUGAAAUAUCUUUCAACAAAUCUCUGUAUGAGGGUCUGAAUGCAGAGAGCCACAGAACUAAGAUCACUGUUGUCUUCCUGAAAGAUGAGGAGUAUAAUUCUUUGCCUGUCAUCAUUAGAGGCAGUGUUGGUGGCCUUCUGGUUUUGAUUGUGAUUAUAAUCAUCCUGUUCAAGUGUGGUUUUUUUAAAAGAAAAUAUCAACAACUGAACUUGGAGAGCAUAAGGAAUACCCCUCUGAAAUCAGACAGCCAGCUCACAGAAGAAAAUUAGGACCUGCUUGCUCAUCUGCGGGGAGAGACUACCAGCCAGUCCUUGAGUGUCUGGAGACCUGCUGUUACACUGAUCACUUUUUCCUUGAGGAUGAUCUAGGGCAGCAUCAAAUAAAUUGUCUGUAGAAUAUUAUUUUUUAACCAUACGUUUCCCUCAAAGUGUCUGUGCAUUGUGCGAAAAGUAAAAGUAAAUUGGUAUUACAUAAAGUUAAACUGUUUUCUUUAGAGCCUUUAAUAUGCAAAUACUGUAUUCUUUAUGAUUUGCAGUAAAUUUUGAUGUCUGA